CGGAGUAACUUUUCAGGCGUAAGUUGAUCUCCUUCCCUAUUUAAAUACAUCCGAGGGCUUCCCUUAUUUCCUCGUCCGCCUCCUUUGCUCCUGAUUCAUUGUUCUUGCACAAUCUUUGACGCUGGUUAUUGCGGUUGCUCACCGUUAUACCAUUCUGGUUAUGAGAGCUGCCUGUUGCUGGGAACCUGAGAGCCCAAGCGCUUCUCCAGCUCUUGGUUUCCCUCGCCCCCGAUUCUUCCGAUAUCGGCGUUUGAGGUAAUCGGAAAUCCACACAAACAUCAAGAAGUAGGUUAGAGGAUUUCGCGUACAGACGCAAUACCUGUAUUUCUUUAGUAAUAUACUAUGCCGACAACGAAGAGUACGAACCGGAGAGGACAGGAAUCGGAGAAGAACAGAUUGAAGGGGAAAUUGGUUGAGAAGUCGUCGUCGUUUCACGGGAGGAUACCGGGGACCACGAUGUCCACGUCGUCUCAGAUUCGGAGGCCAAAGACACUACCGAACUUAUUAUCCGGUAAGAAUGUCUCCGGAUUCUUGCCGGAUGCGAAGCCUCUGCGAUUGACCAAGCUGCUACUAAACGUGACAAUCCAGGGGAGCGUUGGACCUGUACAGGUGUUAAUAUCGCCGGAAUCCACCGUUGGCGAUCUGGUGGCUGCUGUACUCCGGCAGUACUCAAAGGAGGGUCGCCGCCCCAUCCUUCCUUCCACCGACCCUUCCGCUUUCGGUCUCCACUACUCGCAAUUUAGUUUAGAAAGUUUGGAUAGAGAGGAGAAGCUCAUGGAGUUGGGAUCCAGGAACUUCUUCAUCUGCUGCCAAAAAAAGGAAGAAACCGUGGACGGUGGAGUGACAACGACGUCGUCUUGUUCGAAGGAAGCUGAGAAGGCAACCAAAAGUGGGUUCCCGUGGCUUAAGUUCAUGGGCUUCUGAGCUAUAAUUGGCUGGCAUCAAUAUUUUCUUCAGCAAAUUGCUUUGUAAAAAGUUAGUACUAGUCGUCGUAUUCUUGAAUUGCUCCAAGCAGCAAUAGUUUCGUGGUAGAUUAAGAACGAAUCCUCAUUAGCCAACCAAAACUGGCCGGAGUUGAAUUGUUUUUCCUUCUCUUCAUUGACCGUCAAAUCAUCUCCUUUGAUUUGUACAGUUUAAACCAGUUGUUGUCUACUGCACUUGCUUCUAUAGUUCUAUGGUAUGUAAGCAAUUAUCGAUCCCCUGGAAAACUUGAGAAAUAAAAAUCUCCAUUGAUUGUCAUA